UGUUUAUUAUUUCUUUCAAAAAGAAUAUUAGAAAAAUGGGAAGUUAUUUAUCAGUGGUAAACAAAAAUGUUUUAUUAAAAGCUGCUGUUUCAGAUGUGGCAAUUCAAUGGACAUGCUUUGUGGUAGCACAAGUCUUCAAAACAGAAAAAUUUUAUGAUUUAGUUGGUUCGUCCUCCUUUCUCUAUCUAACAUGGGCAACCUUAAUUUGGUCAAAACGUGGCCACAGUGUGGUAUGGCAUCCCAGACAGACAAUACAAAAUUCAUGCAUUUCAGUGUGGGCAGUUAGAUUAGGGACUUACUUAUUUUCCAGAGUUAUUGCCAGUGGAGGAGACAGACGGUUUCGAAAAGCUAAAGAAAAUCCAUUAUUAUUUUUUACCUUUUGGACCAUGCAAGCAGUAUGGGUGUGGUUGACAUUAUUGCCAACAAUGAUUUUGAAUACGAAAGAAGAGAAUAAAGAAUUAAAUUAUCGCGAUUAUAUUGGGUGGAGUGUGUGGGCUUUGGGGUUCCUUGUUGAAGUCAUUGCGGACUAUGAAAAGUCAAAGUUUAAAUCUCGACCAGAGAAUAAUGGAAAGUUCAUUUCUGUGGGAUUGUGGAGUUUAUGUCGGCAUCCAAAUUAUCUUGGAGAGGUUUUGAUGUGGGCAGGUUUGUUUUUGCCUGCAGCAAAUGUGAUGCAGGGGAAAGAAUUCAUCAGUAUAAUAUCACCAUUCUUUGUCAGUUAUUUAUUAACCAAAGUUAGUGGUAUUCCUAUGCUUGAGCGUUAUGCUGAGAAGAAGUGGAGUGGUAAUGCUGAUUAUCAGAAAUACAAAGCAUCCACUGCUAUGAUGAUACCCUUUGUUUGGUGAUUUGAUGUAUAAAUGUGAACAUGUUGAUGAUGUUGUGUAUGUGUGUGUGCGUGUGUGUGUGUGUCUGUCAUUUUUUUUUUUUUAGUGUUUUUAUUUUUUGGUACUUUAAUAUACUUUUUCUUAUUCA